AUUUUUUUUAACAACUGAGAUAAUAUUAGACCAGAGAUGUAAAUUCGACCUUUUCCCUUUACAUUGUACGUUGCUUUGCUUUGGAGCUGCGACAGUGAAGAUGAAUACGGGAAGCUCCAGUUCAAAUUCCAGUAAGGAUGAAUUCUCAGUUUUAGUGUUAGCAUCGGAUCUUGGUAUUGAUGCCCGACCCUUUUUGACCCAACCCGAAGAGAGCUGGCAUGAUUGCCCUUCUCACCUUCCUUCUUCUGAGGAACAAGAUUUUGACUUCCUCCAAUUCUUCCGCCUUGAACCCGGUUCUGAUAAAGCGGGUAAUCGGAUCUUCCGUAUUGUUGGAAAAUACUUCCCGGCUCUAGUUAUAGAUGGGGAGCGGCUGAAAAGGUAUGUCUUUAACAAAAUUUGCACGGAGUUGCCUGAGGGGCCAUUCUGCAUUGUCUACAUGCAUAGUACUGUCCAGAAGGAGGAUAACAACCCUGGAUUGACCAUCUUGAGGUGGAUCUACGAAGAGCUACCCUCUGACCAUAAGGACAGGCUUCAGGUUGUAUACUUUGUGCAUCCUGGGAUCCGGUCAAGGCUUGUUCUUGCAACACUAGGCAGAUUUUUCCUAAGUGGAGGCUUGUAUUGGAAAAUAAAGUAUGUCAGUCGACUGCAGUACCUUUGGGACGACAUAAAGAAAGGAGAGCUCGAGAUUCCUGAAUUUGUUCAAAAGCAUGAUGACAUUCUAGAGCGCAGGCCACUGACUGAUUAUGGAAUUGAACCAGAUCCCCUCCAUCUAUCGCAGAUGCCACCGACAGCCUACUCGUUUGGGAGACAUGAUUCAGGAUGGUCAUCUAGAGAGUACAUGUCUUAGAAAAGCUGCUAGAUUCUGUACAGCAUUGUACUUAUGUACCAAUUCUAAGAGUUUUUAGUUCAGAUAUGUUUCUACAACUUAUAUGAGCUUGUACUAAGCUUUCUUCUGCUUGUCUCUGCUCACUUUUGUGUUACCAUAAACCACUACUGCAUAAGUGAUCUUUACAGAGAUAGAAAGGGAAGGAACCCCUAUCCUCUUCCUAAA